AUGUCGUUAGUACACGGUCAAACGAGUCUAAAUGAAUCCAAAUAUCUUAUAGAAAGGGCAUUUAGCUCCAGUUCAGAAAAUGUUCCGUUAUCAAGGGAGGAAACGUAUCCCAUUCCUAAUGCAUAUAGUUUUUCCACAGCUAGAAGCAACAGUGAGACUAAUAUUAAGAGAGAGAAGCCGCACGGCUUGGUAGCAGAGUCGGGUAUGACUUCUAUGCUUCAUAAUUUGACCAUGUCCACAGUGAGUGGGAAAGGAAAUGAUAGUAAUUCUUUGGCCCCACGUGAUGUGGACGUUGGCUCCUACUGCCUGCUAUUGAGGAAUUUACCAAAAGACAUCACCCUGAGAGAAUGUUAUUGUAUAUUUUCAUUAGCCACCGGGGUAUCAAGUAUAGAACUCAAAAGGGACGAUAAAGAACCUUUCAACGAAAAUGAAAAAGUUAUUGUUGUGAAGUUUGGAUCUUUACCUUUAGUGACCCACUAUGCUAAUAUACUGAACUCGAAAUCUGAAAUUUUCGGGCCGAGCUUCCCUUUUAGAUCCCACAUCGACGUAGUUAAUGAGCAAACGCAACUUCCCGUGAGCUUUCAAGAGCAUAAUACAGCCAGCACUACAAAUAGUUCUCCAAAGAAUUAUCAAUUAUCAUCCAGUGCGCAAAAUGAAAUCCAGAGUCAAACUUUUAAUACUGUAUCAUACGCCGGAUCUAAUUCCUCUCCCUUAGGAUCGUCAGCGGCCAAAGUAAGGCCCUCGCUACUCUCUGAAAGGUCUUUGCGUUUUUCAUUCAAUGAUCCGUUUGGGUUAGAAACCGGUUCUCAGAGGAAGGAAUCAGUACCUUUUGUGCGAAACAGUAUCUCACAACAUGAUUUAUCCACUGUAACUAAUACCCCAGUUCCAGCUGGGAUGCCACCUCCAAAAGAUGCUGGCAAGUCACUUUUACUUUUAGAAAAGGAUGAAAUAAAUGAAAGUAUUUGGAAUGGUGAUGAACUGGCUAAUGAUGUUGGUAAUUCUUCAUUCCAUACGUCUUUACAACAGCCUCCAAUGUCAUCAACGCCUGUAAUGGAGUGGAAUUCUUCCUCAGCUACUAAUAUUCCUGUUUUCCAAUUAUCAAGCCAAGACAAUCAUCAACCUAACAUGUUGCCGACAUCUCAUCAUUUAAUUAGCCAGAAUGUACCACAUAUUCAAUCACAACCAAAUUUGAACAAUUCAGGAGUAAUACAUUCCACGGCUUCCUUACCGCAAUAUCACUUGUUGAAUCAAAUGAACGGUGCUAAUAACACGCAUAGUGUUCAACAGCACAUUUCGAAUGUUUCAUCCGAUUUAGAUCUUAACCUGCAGACGGGAACCUCCCACUCCCAACCUUCUGCUUCUAAUGGUUCUUCAAUGUUCAAUAACCAAAAAACGAAUCAAGGAUUUUUAUCAAAUGAACCGGAUGCUAAUGCACUACCUCGACAAAAAGAGCCAUCUUCAUCUACUGCUUCUGGCUCUGCAUUUCCAAAAAAUAACGAAACAAAUGUGGCAGGUUCCACAACUAUUUCACAGGCUGACUUGUCACUCCUAGCCAAAGUUCCGCCACCAGCUAAUCCCGCAGAUCAAAAUCCCCCUUGCAAUACUCUGUAUGUGGGUAAUUUACCGCCUGAUGCAACGGAACAAGAAUUAAGGCAAUUAUUUUCUAAUCAACCGGGAUUUCGUAGGUUGUCCUUUAGGAACAAAAUGAACUCGCAUGGUCACGGAAACGGUCAUGGUCAUGGUCCAAUUUGUUUUGUGGAAUUUGAAGAUGUUAGCUUUGCCACUAGAGCAUUGGCUGAAUUAUAUGGUAGCCAACUACCUCAUCCCCGUUCUUCUCUUAAUAACAAAGGGGGCAUCAGGUUAAGUUUCUCUAAAAACCCCUUAGGUGUCAGAGGUUCAAACAGCAGGAGCAAACCCAGUUAUAGUUUCAAUGGAAGCUAUGGAAAAUCAUUAUAA